AUGUCGCCUCCCGUAGCUACCGACGCUGCCUUCGCACACAACUCGAAUGGCGUAGUCUCGUCCACGACCGUCGAUCCCACCGGCACCGUCCUUGUCAUAGGCUCCAUGUCCUCUGCCAAAAGCGGUGCAUACCAGAAAGUGAUCGAAGCGUACUCGGGACGUCAAGUCGAGAUGCACAUGGUGGAUCGCCUCACCGAUGGCGCUACGUCGCUCAACUCCAGCACAUACCCCCUUGCACACCUCGCCGUGCACUACGCCGACGCUGCUAGUCCUGUUCUGCUCUCCAGCCUGCACUCUGCUCUGCAGCCCAACGCCAAGAUCAUCGUCGAGGCAGGAGAGCUGGUCGAUGCCGCCACAGCGCAGAAGGUCAAGGCCGAGCUGACCAUCGCCGGCUUUACGGAUAUUCAGACCAAUGUAUCCACCGGCGUCGUCACUGCAUCCAAGCCCGCGACUGCUUCCAGCUCCUUUUCGAUCGGUUCCUCCUCCGGCACAUCUUCCGCCCUGCCCCUUCGCAGGAAGCUCGGCGGCAGCUCCUCCGCCUCCGCCAAGAAAUCGCUGUGGGCCACUCAACCAGCCUCCUCCAACGACCUGAUCGACCAAUCCUCGCUCCUCCGCGACGCCGAUUUCGUCGCCACCACCGCCGUCAAACGACCCGAUUGCGAUGUCGGCCCCGGUCAGGGCAAGAAGAAGAAGGCCUGCAAAGGCUGCACCUGUGGACUCCGCGAAAUGCAGGAGGAAGAAGAACGUACCGCAAACAGCAACGUCGUUCAACUCGAUACCGAAGACAUGGACAUGCCCAACGGCGAACCCCCGGCGGGCGGGAAGAGGACCGAGGUCACAGAGACCAUCAUCGGCAAAGACGGCAAGCCCAAGACGAUCAAGCGCAUCCAGGUGGAUACCAAGGGCGCGACCAGCAGCUGUGGAAGCUGCUUCCUGGGCGAUGCGUUCAGAUGCUCCAGCUGUCCGUAUCUGGGAUUGCCGGCGUUUGAGCCUGGUCAGAAGGUCGAGAUCCCGGUUGGUAUGGAUGAUGAUAUUUGA